UCCCUCCCUCUCUUGCGAUUUCUCUCCGCCAUUUUCAUUUCCGGUUGUAUAAGAAAAACAAACUGCCAUUCCUAUCUCAAUCAACAGAGAGAUAGCUUUCAAUUUUUACCCACAGGCCACCGCUUCAACCGAUAAAUAACCGAAACAGGUGCCUAGAACUGCGCCAGUCUUCUUUUAGUGCAGGUUUUGAUUCAUUGAUUUUUCGGAUUCCGUGGGAAUUUGUGAUUUUGAUAUUGAUCUGUGUUUGGUGGUUCCGAGAUGACUGCUGGUGGUGGCAAUCAGUUGAUUUCAGUUCAUCCCGAUGAGCUCAAGUUUAUUCUUGAGCUGGAGAAGCCAAGCUAUUGUGAUCUUAAAGUUGUGAAUAACACAGAACAUCACGUUGCUUUUAAGGUUAAAACCACUUCACCAAAGAAGUACUUUGUAAGGCCCAACACUGGUGUUGUACAACCUUGGGACUCAUGUGUUAUCAGAGUUACUCUACAAGCCCAACGAGAAUAUCCUACAGAUAUGCAAUGCAAAGAUAAGUUUCUCUUUCAGAGUACAACAGUACCUCCACAUACUGAUGUGGAUGAGCUUCCUCCAGAUACUUUCAAUAAGGACAGCAGUGGGAAGAUAUUAGAGGAGUGCAAGCUUAGAGUUGUAUAUGUCAGUCCAUCAACUCAAGAGAACUCAGAGGAAGAGGCAAAGAGCUCCUCACAGGGUCCUGAUGCUAACUUAGCAUUGCAGCGCCUGAAGGAUGAAAGAGAUGAAGCUAUUCAACAAACUGAGCAACUGCAAAAGGAACUGGCCAUGAUGAAGAGACGGGGGUAUCGAAAAAGUGAUCCAGGGUUUUCCGUGACUUUCGCAUUUGUUGUGGGGCUUAUUGGAAUUUUGGUUGGUUUCAUCUUGAACCUCACAUUGUCUUCUUCACCGUCCACAGAAUAACUGGAGCCACAGGAUCUCAGGCCAUAAUUUUUCUUGUCUGGUUUACUGUACAAGUCAUGUUUGGAUGAGAAGGGCGUCUACUUUUCCAUCCUUUUUGUACAUUGAUUGCUGCAGCUAUUGGUUUGCCAAAUAUAGUUUCAUUUCAUUUAUAUGUUACUGUUAGCAGCAAAUUUUUUCAUUUGAUUGAUAAGUUACUUUUAGUGUGAAUUAGUAAGUGGUUAUUUUGUUGCAAA